UAUCUUUGUAGGGCGAAGAUUUAUCACUUGCAGUUCUCUGAGACACAGAGACAUUUGUUACUUACUGUGCAUGGUCUGAGCAACAAAUCCAUAUCUGCAUUUUUGACUGACAAGUAUCUUAUCUGUGUUUGGAAUAUAUGGCAGCCGUCUUCUCCACAGAACAUUCUCAUGUGUGAGUCCGAGGUGAAAUGCUGUUGUUUUAGUCCCGGUAGAGCAUCUCUGGUAUUUGCUGGCACAGUAGAUGGUUCUGUGUUAGUAUGGGACCUGCGAGAGGACUUCAAUAUGCAUCAGAGUUUAACGAUAGAAGAUGUUAACUGGACGUUCAGAUCUGUAACAUUUUCUACUGAUGGUGUUUUUAGUUAUGUGAAUCACACACACCCGGUAAAAUCAAUAGAACCUGUUCCUACUGUAGAAGCAAAGGAGCAUGGGAUAUCUGCAUUAUCCUCUGAAGGA